AAGACACUUGUACUUCUGCACCCUGCUUUACAUCUGAUCAUCAUCACAACAUGAGGGCGAUUGUGCUGCUGGCUCUGGUGUGCAUGCCCCUGUGUUUGGCACGUAAACUCAGCCGUUGUGAAACUGUCAAGAUCUUCAAAACCGAGGGCCUGGAUGGUUUGGAUGGACAUUCCCUAGGCAACUAUGUGUGCAUGGCCUACUGGGAGACUAAGUAUAAGAGCCACAAGGUGAGAGAGGCUGAUGUGGGGAAGGACUACGGAAUAUUCCAGAUCAACAGUUUCCAGUGGUGUGAUGAUGGCACUGCUGGAGGAAAGAACCUGUGCAAAAUGAGCUGUGCAGAUUUGCUGAACGAUGACUUGAAGGCUUCCAUUGCUUGUCUCAAAACUAUUGUGGCGCGUGAUGGGUUGAAGGCAUGGGACACCUGGUCUAAGUACUGUAAGGGACACAACAUGAAACGUUGGGUGAAAUGGUGUGACUUCAAGACACAGUGUUGUGUGUGACUGAGAGGGUGGUGUGUUGGUGUCUGUCAGUGCAUCCCCGAUGCAAAUACAAAUAUCUGUGCAUAGUACUUUUCAUGUCAUUAAAAGAUAUUUCACCAAA